AUGCAACCCACGCUCCUCCGCUCGUUUGCCUCGACACGCAGCAUCAUGUCCAACGUCUUCUUCGACAUCACCAAGAACGGCUCGCCCAUGGGCCGCAUCGAGUUCAAGCUGUUCGACGACGUCGUCCCCAAGACGGCCAAGAACUUCCGCGAGCUCUGCACCGGCGCCCCCGGCUUCGGCUACGAGGGAUCCAGCUUCCACCGUGUCAUCCCCCAGUUCAUGCUUCAGGGCGGUGACUUCACUGCCGGCAACGGCACCGGCGGCAAGUCGAUCUACGGCGCCAAGUUCGCUGACGAGAACUUCCAGCUCAAGCACACCAAGCCCGGUCUUCUCUCGAUGGCCAACGCUGGCCCCAACACCAACGGAAGCCAGUUCUUCAUCACCACCGUCGUCACCUCGUGGCUCGAUGGCAAGCACGUCGUCUUCGGCGAGGUCGUCAAGGGCAUGGACAUCGUCCAGGCCAUUGAGCGCGAGGGAACUGCCUCGGGCAAGACCAAGAGCCAGAUCACCAUUGCCAAGUCCGGCACUGUCUAA